AUGGAGUUGACUGGUCAAACAGCAGUGAUCUCAGGAGCAGCCAGAGGUCUUGGUCUUGCCUUUGCCGAAGCCCUGGCAUCAGCAGGGUGCGAUGUCGCCGUGGUGGACAUUCUUCAAGAACCAUCAGCGGCAUUAUACGAACUUCAAUCGAGAUUCAACAUCAAAGUCAAGUACUAUCGCUUGGACAUCACCGUCCGCGACGAUGUUAUCAGGACGAUUACGACAAUCAUCCAAGACUUUGGCACUAUCAACAUCAACAUCAAUGCCGCAGGAGUCGUGACUGACGAACCAUUCUUGACAACUUCGGACCAGAAUCUCCGACGUACCUUCGGUGUCAAUGUGACUGGAUCUUUCCUCGUGGCGCAAGCGUGUGCCAAUGCCAUGGUGGAUCGGUACAAAUCGCACCACGGCGAGGAGCCUGCAAGGGGCGCUACAACUGGAAGUAUAAUAUUCAUUGCCAGCAUCGCCACAUACAUCGCCAGUACAGCACAGCAGAUAUCAUGUUAUACGGCAUCGAAAGCAGCCAUCAAAGGACUCGUGAAGCCCGUGGCAAUGGAAUUGUCCCGGUAUGGGAUCCGGGUCAACAGUCUCAGUCCCGGUUAUACGAUGACUGAUAUGAUGAAGGGGCUGCAGGACGAGCAACCGAAACUGGUCAAGCAGUUCGAAAAGGAGACAUUGUUUGGGAGAAUUGGGUUGCCGGAGGAAUUGAAGGGCGCCAUUUUAUGGUUGUCAUCUCCGAAGGCCAGCGGCUGGUAUACUGGACAGGACUUGCUGCUUGACGGUGGUGCAACCUCGUGGAAACACCCUGCAGUUCUGGACGAGUAGUUCAACACAUGCCAAUGUUCAAAUGGUGCUUGUCUAGGAGAGCCUUCCAGAGUGGACAAUACUCUCGUAGAUUCCAAGAAGUCGUGCUCGCAGGCCAGAAAAUAAGAAAUAUAAGCUUGCAACAAAGCAUUCAACGCA